CUUAAAUCAUAUCGCACAACCAUUGACGCCGCGUUAUGACUAUUGUUUUACCUGAACCGGCCACCGUACUUUGCUCUUCACUGAUUGGCUCUUUCCAUCACAAUCGUUUGACAAACGUUAGCCGGAUAAUCGCCAACAUGAGUCUGAGAAAGCAAACACCAAGCGACUUCCUUAAACAGAUUAUUGGGAGACCUGUGGUGGUCAAACUUAACUCGGGUGUUGAUUACAGAGGUGUGUUGGCCUGCUUGGAUGGUUACAUGAAUAUUGCCAUUGAGCAGACAGAGGAGUAUGUUAACGGGCAGCUCAAAAACAAGUAUGGAGAUGCUUUUCUAAGAGGAAACAAUGUUCUCUACAUCAGCACCCAGAAGAGGAAAGUGUAAAGGAGAUUUUUUUUAAUUUAUUUUUUUUCAGUAUUUGAUGCAAGCCUAGGCGACUGUCUUGUGAUUUUGGUUCUGUAAAGCUCGAAUUCAUGAAAAACAUUUGAUUUUGUAAAAGUGAAAUGUGUUAAUAAACUCCUUGUUUUGACCUGUG